UACGAAAACAUACGCGAUAUGUAUGGAUGGACACAAUUUGCAUCGACAAGUCAAAUCUGUCGGAGCUUGAUGAAGUAAUUCGUUCAAUGUACAAGUGGUAUGCCAACUGCGCCGCUGUUGUCUUGGAUUCAGGUACUUCACUUUCUAAAUGGAGCAGCAGAGGCUGGUGUCUACAGGAAGGUGCUGCAGCUGGAAUCCUCUGUGGAAUAUCAAAGGAUGGAAAGCUCGCCACAAUACAAGAAUUAGCCAUUGAGCAAAACCAAGACCUGUGUACUCUUGACCUUCAUCUAUAUUAUCGACAAGGAAAUGCUGCUGAGAUAUUGGCAAGAAUGGAUGCUCGGCAGACAACACGUGAAGAAGAUAGGGCCUAUGCUUUGGUUGGAAUAUUUUCUAUUGACUUGACAUUAGCAUAUGGCGAGGGGCUUCGAUCUCGUACAAGGCUAUUGCAUCAGUUGGCUAUCCAGAAAGGCGAUCUAUCAUUCUUGAGCUUCCACACCGGUGGAGAGCCGCUUCAUCACUACUUACCAGCUAUUGACGAAUCGAACCAUUUGAUUGCAAAGUGUACAAGGGCCUCAGCUCCAAUCAAUGUCAGUCAUUUUGGAAUGUGUUUUGAGGUCCAAUUUGUUAACGAAGAAGAUGCAAAGCGGGUAUUGCAUAAUCUGAAUGACUGGAGAAAAAUGAGCUUCGCCAAAGGUCGAUCUCUAGGUAUAGACGAGCUCUUCACAGUGGGAGAAGCAUUUGAAGAUCAAACCAUAUUAUCUGUGGAGCUCGUUAUCGUACAUGAUAUCAGGUCACUUCUUUUGGUAUUAGUAUACGGCGAAGAUAUGCAGACAGGCGGAGGAAAACCAAUCAAACUGUGCUACCGACUCCAAUGCUGCCAGAUGGAAGAACUGGAGUUUAAAAGGCUAUUUCCAAAGGUCAACAUCGAGCUUGAAAGAAUAUGGCUAGGUGAUAAGCCCGAAAGCGAUGACUUGGACUGAUUCAAAUGCGCCGUCGUCGUCGAACUUCCGCUUUUUUUCAUCGAAAAUUCGACGUAUAUUGGUGAAUCAUAGAUGAAGAGAGACCAAUUUAGGUCCCAUAACGUAAAACGACUAGCUGAAC